AUGCCAACCGGACGUAAGAGCAAACCGUUCAUCGAGUGGUGCGCGGAGAACGGGAAGCGCGGCGAGAAGCUCGCCAACGAGUUCCGCGAGGAGCUGCCGACGGAGCUGACGAAAGCGUCGAAAUACAAGGCGAAGUGGAAGUGUUUGAAGUGCAAGCACGUGUGGCGGGCGCAGAUGUGCCACCGCACGAAGAGCGACAAACCCCACGGGUGCCCGAAGUGCGCAAAUCGCAUGUCGCUGAGCAAGACGAACAACUUCCUCUCGUGGUGCGAGAAGAACGGCGAGCUCGGAGAGAAGCUGUCGCGCGAGUACGUCGAUAAGGACAAGCCGCCGACGGCAGUGACGAAAGCGUCGCACUACAAGGCGAAGUGGAAGUGUUUGAAGUGCAAGCACGUGUGGCGGGCGACGGUGAACGACCGCACGAGGAGCGUCAAACCCACCGGGUGCCCGAAGUGCGCGACACAUGCGCCGGCGAGCAAGACGAACAACUUCCUCUCGUGGUGCGAGAAGAACGGCGAGCUCGGAGAGAAGCUGUCGCGCGAGUACGUCGAUAAGGACAAGCCGCCGACGGCAGUGACGAAAGCGUCGCACUACAAGGCGCUGUGGAAGUGUGAGGAGUGCUCUUACGAGUGGCGGGCGACGACGCGCGACCGCACGAGGAGCGACAGACCCAGGGGAUGCCCGGGGUGCAACCCCCUUGGAGAAAACUUCCGCAAGAAGCGUAAGCGCGACGACUAA